CACCUGAGCCCGUACUCCACUGACAGCAUCAUGAAGGUCCCCGGGUCUGCCCUUGCCAUCCUGCUCUGCACCAUGGCCCUCUGCAGCCAGGUCUUCUCAGCACCGUUUGGUGCCAACACCCCAACCUCGUGCUGCUUCUCCUAUACCAAUCGGCAGAUUCCACGCAAUCUUAUAGUGGCCUAUUUUGACACCAGCGGCCUCUGCUCCAAGCCUGGUGUCAUCUUCCAAACAAAAAAGAAACUGGAGAUCUGUGCCAACCCCAGUGAGGACUGGGUGCAGAAGUAUACCAUGGAUGAGGAGCUGAAUGCCUGA